AUGAGACUCUUCGCUUUCGGCUCCAACGGAUCAGGCCAACUAGGCAUCGGCCACGAAGAAGACGUCUCCACACCAACACCAUGUUCCUUCGAACACCCAGAGCCAUCCCAAGGAUCCCAAAUAACCACCACUCAAAGCACCAACCUCGCAGAUGAAUCUGAAAUCAUCACCAUCGCAGCAGGCGGGAACCACACCCUCCUCCUAACAGCCAGCGGCUCCAUCUACGUUGCCGGCUGCAAUGCAGACGGACGGUGCGGGCCGCACAGGACAACCAAAAAUCCAAAAGAGCCCGAGUCCGACAACAAAGGAAACAUCCUACGCUUUCGUCGAAUGGUGCUCUCAGACGCUGUAUCCGACACAGAGGUAUCCAAGUUCAAACACGUCUCCGCCACGUGGGAGGGCACGAUUGCUGUAGCAUCCGUGCCACGAAGCAGCAGCAAUGACGUCGGCCAUGGAUGCAAUCCCGACACAGAAGAUCGACUCUUCGUAUUCGGUUCGUCACCUAAAGGAGAACUGGGCCUGGGACAAAACACCCCCGCCCCUGUCGCCGGGGCAUGUAUCCCCUCCUUUCCGCCAACGGGGUUAAGGAUCACAGCGCUGGCGAGCGGGAUGGCGCAUUCGGCUGCUGUGCUCUCGAAUGGGGAUGUCUAUGGCUGGGGCGGGGCUCGGAAGGGCCAGCUCGGGGCGGAGAACCGAGGGGCUAAGAUUGCUUAUUCUCCUGUUCGGGUUUGCGUGCCGUUUUUCGCGGAGGCUGUUGCUUGCGGGAGGGAGUUUACGGUUGUUUCGGGGCGGGGGCAGUUUGUUGUUCUUGGGGAUGGGGGGAAUCGAUGGGGUGUGUUGGGUGUGCCGAAGAGUUUAUCUUUGCUUGCGGGAUCGGAUGGUGGGGACGAUGGAGGUCUAGGUGGAGAUGGAGAUCAUUUACAACAUGAUGACCAAGGUGAUUGUGGAGGGUGCAGAGGUACUAUUCGUUAUAGCUAUACUAGUAUUGCGGCUAGUUGGCAUGGGGUCUAUGUACAUGCUGCGCCUUGGCUGGGACCGGUGGAACCGUCGAUAUCGGAUGCACGGACAGACUCUGAUUCUGAUUUUGUUGGUGGUUCCAUUGUUGCUUGGGGUCGCAAUGAUCGUGGCCAACUUCCACCGCCGGAUCUUCCGACCCCUGCUAAACUCGCCGUUGGCAGUGAGCAUGCCCUUGCUCUGCUGGGAGAUGGUCGAGUGGCGGCGUUUGGAUGGGGCGAGCAUGGGAACUGUGGGCCUGAUACAGAUUCCCAGGGAAAUGUAUCGGGUACAUAUAAUGUGAUUUCGCUCCCCGAAGCCGUGAGUGCGGAUGGGAAGGUCGACGGGGUUGGAGCGGGGUGUGCGACUAGCUGGAUUAUUGUGACAUGA